AUGCCGUUAUUACAAUAUAUUACAUACUGUCAAUCAAAUGCUUCUUGGCCCAUAUUUCUGGUGGCUACAUCGACAUUAUCACGAAUAAAUAUUUCAACGGAUGAUGAUGAUGAAGAAUUUUUUCAAACAGAAAAUUUAUCUAAUAAUGAAGAUGAUAAACAAAAUUAUCAUGAUUCAGCAAUUUCAUCAAUUACUGAUUUGACAAGUAAUCAAACAUCAAGUGAAUUUAAUUUAAGUACAAGAACAACUAGUCAUUCAUCCGAAAUAAAUUUACCUUAUUCAUCAUUAUCAAUGGUUGCUAUUAGUUCAAAACAAGCAUCAGCUUCAACAUUGAUCAUUAAAGAAGCAGAUUAUAAAAAAUCCAAAAAAGGUGUACGAAAUUUUUUACGAAAAUUUUUUGGAUCAUCAUCAUCAAAUUCAUCACAUCAUCAAGAAAGAAAAUCAAUAUCCAUUGAUUCACAUAAUAUUCAUAGUAGAGCAUAUUCAUUGCCUGUUACACAAGGUCCUAUUCGUUUAUUCAUAAUUCGACAUGGUGAAAGACUUGAUCGAUAUUAUUCAUCACAAUGGUUACAACAAGCAUUUGAUAAAGAUGGAAAUUUUUGUCGUUUUUCACCUAUUUUAUCAGAAACAUUACCAGUACGUGCUGUAAUCGGUGAUUUUGAUCUUGAUCCUCCGCUCACAUACAAUGGUCUGAAAGAUGCUUAUCGAACUGGAAUUGUAUUAAAAGAAAAAAACAUUGCUAUUCAUUACUGUUAUUCAUCACCUGCAUUACGUUGUGUUCAAACCGCUGCAAAAAUACUUGAAGGUUUACAAUUGAAUAAUAAAAUAAAAAUUCGAAUUGAGCCGGGUUUAUUUGAAUGUACUGCUUGGUAUAUCACAAAUGAAAAAAGCAAUGUAUUAACAAUGCCACAAUUUAUGACAAAAAUUGAAUUAUUAGAAAAUAAGUAUCCUAUUGAUAAAAAUUAUCAUGAACAAAUGAAUAUUGUUGAAAUAUCUCAACUUGAAACGGAAUUAGAAUUUUAUGAACGAAGUCAUACAGUUACUUCAACUAUUCUAAAAAUGCAUGAGAAUGAAUUUAUUACACAAAUACAACAAGGACAAUUAACACUUCAAAAUCAAAUACAUAUUUUAUUUAUUGCACAUGCUCCUUCAUUAGAAACAUGUACACGUAAAAUAUGUGGUGGAAGAUUUCGUCCAUCAUUAUUAGCAAAUGUUAUUCGAAAUGUUGAUUAUUUAACAAUGACUGUUAUUGAAAAAACGGAUAAUAAUUGCGAUAAAUGGAUAUUUCGACGAAAUUCAUUUUAUGGCGAUGAAUUUUAA